AUGGAGAGCUUUCCAGCGGCCCACCCCACCGCAAAGCAGCCGACCGACCGCACGCAACAACAGCAGCAACAGGAUGAGGUCUCUCCCUACACACCGUCGCACCUGCUCCAUCCCCUGCCGCGCAGUGCCAUGUUUGGCUCCUGCACGCAAACCGCAUCGACUGUGCUCGCCGUGUUUUUCCACGUCGUAAACCAGAGCCGCAACGCCUCCGAUACCACAGCAGUUCCUUCGCCUCCCACCGACGACAAUGAGGUCACCCGCACGGCCAAAGUCCUGUACGUCGCUCUGCUCGAGACCGUGCAAAAGGCCCGAGGCGAGUGGCAGGGCUUCCUCUCGUCGUCGACGGCCGAAGAGCAGGAAAACCCGACCGCAGCCGGAGCAGUUGUCCCCAGUGCCCGUGAGCUCCUUACAACGCGUCUAACUCAGGCGACCGCCUCCCCCACUGCCCAGUGCACUGUGCUCGCAAAGCUGCUCGACGUGAGUCUCCAGAGCCUGCGGGGACCGCUCGUGCCGGCGGAGCUCUACGCCCUUCAAAAGACAAACGCACUGCUGCAACGCGAGCGACUCGUCGUACCGCCGGCGUUUGCGACGCUAUUGGCAUUGCGAGAGCUCUUCUUGAGCCGUCUCGAACGCGACGUGCGCCACUGUCUGCUGCGGUUGUUGGCGUUGUGGGACCUCUUGGCCCGCGCAGGCAGUGAGCCGCACGCGCUGACCAAAGUGGUGGCAGCGAAUCAGCACUACGUCCUGAGCAAGUCGAGCGACUGCAGCCGUAUGGCCCCGAAGAGCGACCGACGGGAUCACGUGGCAACCGACUUGUUGCGAUUGAUGGUCCUCUACCGGGACGUGCUCUUCAGCGACAUGGAGUACCUCCCGAUCAAACAGGAGCUGCACGUGCCUUCGAAGCUGCUGCUGGUUCCCGAAGACACGUGGGCGUCCGACACCGAGUCGACUAAAGACGACGGGCAGUUCUCGAGCGACGGCGAUGUCAGCGGCAGCAGUAGCGAAGACAACAGCCAACGGGUAUGCCGGCGCAGGCGCUGGUACGCACAACGACCGACUGCCGUCUCGAACCCACUUGUGUCGGGAUCGAUGCUGCUCAACGACGAAGACGCGUCUCAAGGCGGCGAGACGGACGGCAGCAGGAGGUCACUGCCCCUGCGCAGUCGGUGCAGCAGCUUUCGCCGUCGUUCGGCCGCGCGCAAGACAAUGCGGUCGCAGAGUCUCUCGGCGCUUCCUCUGCCCGCAGGCGCAGCAGCGCGUCCACCAGUGCCAGUCAAGUUGUCGAGCAGUAUUGGAAGUCUCCCGCCGCUGUACAGUGCACUGCGCCACGUGAGACCUCCGAGACGAGUCGCAAGUGAUAGUACCCGCAAGUCGCCCACUUUCGACGGGUCCAGUCGAGUACCGUCUUCCGACACUGUGGACAUGUCGAGGAAACUCGCACGACGACGCAGUUCGUUGUCCAGUUCGAGUCGCACGUGCCGGCAAAAAGAAGAGAACGAUGGACCAGAGUCGGAUCCGAGCGAGUCGUCGACCGCUGGUCCGAGCCGCUGUCGGGGGAAGAAGACGAAGGAGCAGUCCGUGAGAAGCUCAACCAGCAGCUCGUCCGCCGCUCGUAUCGCCUCCAGCAGUCGCAGUUCAACGGCAGAUCGAGCGGUGCACGACAGUGUGUACCAGUUCUCUCCGCACGGCCUUCAGGACCGACGGGAGACGCCAACGUACCUGUCCAAAGCAGCUUCGUACCUGACGACCCCCGUGGCGGUGGCGACCUUAUGUGUGCUCACAUCCGUAGCCACACUGGCCAUCUUUGGCAUGCGCAAGACUGUGCACGACUGA